UCACCCCGAAACCGGCUCUUGCCGAGCGCCGGUGGGUGUUAGGGGAGAGCUCCUGGAAGUGGGCUCGGAGGUAGGGCCGGGCCUUCUCCGGGGUCUCUUGCCUCUGGACUCUGUUCCCUCGGCAAACACGUUCCUCAGCGCUUGCGGUGGAGCUGUGAGCGAGCCGCGGUUAGCUGGUUACAAGAUGGACCUCUUCGUAGGUGGCGUCCAGGCUGCGGGUUCUGGCAUGCCUGGUAUCUAGACUUAUUACUAAACAGCCGGGUUGUCGAGGAGUUGACUUUAUUUUAAUAGGGCUUUGAUUAGUAUCCUAGACUCAUAACACACAUUUCUCUGGACCUGAUGUCUUCCUAACACUUCCAGUUUGGCUUAAAAAGCUACUUUGCUGGAAUGUUUUAAAGGGCUAAAAACCCUAUAGGAUUUGAAGUUAAUUUAAAUUAAUUGAAGACGACACUUCUGGCCAUACCAAAGAAUAACUGGAAUCAUGGAUCAGAACAACAGCUUGCCACCCUACGCUCAAGGCUUAGCCUCCCCUCAGGGUGCAAUGACUCCAGGACUUCCGAUUUUUAGUCCGAUGAUGCCAUAUGGCACAGGACUGACACCGCAGCCUGUCCAGAGCACCAACAGUCUGUCCAUCUUAGAGGAACAGCAGCGACAGCAGCAGCAGCAACAGGCAGCGCAGCAAUCUACAUCACAGCAAGCGACACAGGGAACAUCUGGUCAAACUCCGCAGCUCUUCCACUCACAGACUCUUACCACAGCCCCUUUGCCGGGAACCACACCUCUGUACCCAUCUCCAAUGACUCCGAUGACUCCAAUAACUCCUGCAACACCAGCAUCCGAGAGCUCUGGGAUAGUGCCACAACUACAGAAUAUUGUGUCCACGGUGAAUCUUGGUUGCAAACUUGACCUAAAAACUAUUGCUCUUCGUGCCCGAAAUGCUGAAUAUAAUCCCAAGCGUUUUGCUGCUGUUAUUAUGAGAAUAAGAGAGCCACGUACUACUGCACUUAUAUUCAGCUCUGGAAAAAUGGUUUGCACAGGAGCAAAAAGUGAGGAGCAAUCCAGACUGGCAGCAAGAAAGUAUGCAAGAGUUGUUCAGAAACUGGGUUUUCCUGCAAAAUUUUUGGAUUUUAAGAUUCAGAACAUGGUGGGUAGCUGUGAUGUGAAAUUCCCCAUCAGAUUAGAAGGAUUGGUGCUCACACACCAGCAGUUCAGCAGCUACGAGCCAGAAUUGUUUCCUGGCUUAAUCUACAGAAUGAUCAAGCCAAGAAUUGUUCUGCUUAUUUUUGUUUCUGGAAAAGUGGUUUUAACUGGUGCUAAAGUACGAGCAGAAAUCUAUGAAGCAUUUGAAAACAUCUAUCCUAUUUUAAAGGGAUUCAGAAAGACAACGUAACAGUUUCUGCAUCUUUCGGAGAAAUCAGGGGUAUAUUUUACAAGGUAUUGCGUAUGGCACGGCAGUAACAAGAGAUGGACUUCCAGUGAAGCUGCAACACCAGGACUUGGACUAUUUCCCAGUUAGUGCCUACUUUCCCUGAUGCUCAAGGGGAACUGUAUUCUUGAUAUGUCUACUGAGUUACUGUGAGUUGCUUUACUGGGCUGUUCCUGGAGCAGUCCCUCCAAGUUUAUUUAUAUUCUAGCUUUUAAAUAGUUUUAAUGCCAGUUCUAUUAAUAGGAAAUCCAUAAGUUGGUUUAAAGACAAAUGCGACUGUGUCACUCAGCGUGUAAACCACUUAAAUUGCCAUGUAUAUAUGUUUUAACUUCCUUCCAUAAGACCAUGGUUUUUAUAAUUUUAAGAACUUAAGCUUUUAAAUUUCUUCCAAUUUUAAAUUUCUUUGGUGCCAGACACAUUCCCUUUUUCCAGUAUUAAGCAAGAUAGAAUAAAUUUAUUAAUGAAAAUGGCUCACUGUACAUAUAUAUAUAAUAUAUACCUUCCUUCUCUUUCCUCCUUCAGCUCCACAUGUACAAUAAACCCUGUUUAUACAACUAUGGGAACUGUCUUAAUGAAUUUUAAAAUGACCCAGCUGAUAGAGUGAAAUACAUUGAAAACUGUUUUGGGGGAUUGUUGAAUUUAAUCUGGAACUUUCAAUAGCACAUGCACUACUCUAAGUGACCUGUCAUUUUGAGAGAAUCUUCACAAUGCUCUGGCUUGCUUACCAGCAGUCACAUCCUUGGCAAUGUCCAGCUUGAAUAGUUCUCGUGUGUUAAAGCAAAAGAGAUGACUGGUUGAAGAAGCGUGUUCAAGUAUGUGUUGCCUUAUCUUCAACACAUGGGAUUUAUGCAAGUCUUAAAUAGCUACACUUGACUGACUUGAACAAAAAUCCCUGCUUAGCUUCCAGAAUUUCUUUAAAAUACUAGUUUUGUAUUUUACCAACUAUGACAGCCUCACUAUAUUAGUGUUCCUGUAACAUGUCAAACACUAGUCAGUAUGUACGUGAUCUUCCCUCUGAACUGUGCUUGAAGCUUAUAGGCCAAGAACUAAAAAUAAACUUUUUCUCCAGUAAA